UCUCACCCUCCACUACAUACUACUACCGAUCGUUCCCCAUGGGUUGUUGGUCUUACCACUUAGUGAGAUAUCGGGUAUGAUUCAGUAAUUUCUAUUUCUUGAGAAAUACCGCCAUUGUUUCUGGAGACUCUAUUCGUUAGAGUCUCCUUCAGGCCGCCGUCCCCUUUGUCUUUGGCCAUCGGAGCUGAAUGGUCCUGCCUUCAACGCCGUCAGCACCUUUACAUUUUCCCAUCUGCUACAGGCUAGAUUGCUGAAGGGACAUGUUCGGUUUCUCGUCCAAACGUCCAAGGGGUCAUGACGAGCUUGCCGAUCUUGACAGUAGCGCCAUCCCUGAGAGAAAGAAGCACCGUUCCCUAGCUCUCCGCACGUCCCCGCACUGCUCCCAGAAGCCCACCUUUACCGAAGCUACCCAAGCUAUCUCUGAGUUCGGUUUAUCUACGUUGACGCCAGUGGAGUCCUCAGAUGAUGACGAUGGUAACGACGGCCAUAGAAAACACGUGCGUGCCGGCUUGACACAUAGUAAGGGGGAGCUGCCCCACCAGACAGCCCAUUGUCACGCUUCCAAUACGGCAAUGGAUAUAGACCACGAUAGAGAUAUGCUGCCGCCGAUGGGUGAUCGUACCCAGUACCUAUGGCCAACCAGUGCAGGUGGCAAUGAGGAUAUCCAGCCAUCGCCAAUCCCUCACAGUCUAGUUAACCAGUAUCUGACCAUCAGUGAGCCACAUGCUGCAACUUCCGCGUACGGAUAUUUCCCCCCAACGACGAGUAAUCAUGAUUCUACGUUGUCUACAUGUCACCCGACUUCUCACGGCGCAACCCCGUCUUGCUUUGAUACCCAGCGCCUCCCCAGCCCAGUUAGUGACGGUGAAGAUGCAAUGGCAAGCACCAAAGACACCGCGAGUGACGUGGAUAUGACCUACAACCCGUCUCGCCCUGCCUCAUUCUCUCCCUCUAUAUGGUUGGGGACGGAGCGGAGCUCGCCCAACACGCAGGAGACAAUGCCGUCAAUGGACAGUGCGAAAGAUACACUACCGGAACCCAAGUCAAAGAGUGUGUCAAACAAGAAGAAAAUCACGAUCUCAAUGGGCUACCGAGCCGACUGCGAAAAAUGCCGGUGCAAGGUGCCAGGCCACUAUAGUCAUAUCAUUCAUGCUUAAGAUGUCUUUACGAUUCACCGCGUUUAUCAUGGUCACCGUCACCUGUACAUUAUUACAUUGUAGAUACCAAGGAUUGGAACGGAGUUAUCGAGUGGGCACUAAGAUCCAUUAUACAUGAUGUCGUUUUCGAGGCGUUCGGGAAUUUGGGGUUGAUUUUGUCCAAUCUACUAUUAAGGUUGCAAUGGACCUGUGUAUAGCGAAGUUUAUUUCAAAUGGAAAAAAACUGAAAUCUAGAUGUGCGUGUAUUCUGGGUCAGAGAGGCCAGGCCAGUUAAGUGGAAUACCCAUCUUCCGACAAGUCGUUCCGAUGCGGCUGACAUAAGCGACUCUAUCCGACCUACGGAACUGAGGCAUCCUCUCAAUCAACUACUCCGACUUGCUGUGUAGCACAUGCAUGAUAAUCAGUUUUGGUCGAACUGGUAAAUACUGUGUUUCCCACGCAUUUACAAAUGGUCCGACGGUGGACAGACAUUGUGUACAAGGGCCGUGUUACCAGGGAGAUUCUCAUUAGCAUUAAGGUGACCGACUCCAAAUGAUAAGAUCGGAUCUCUCCACUCUUUUUCCCCAACCUCGGCGGCAGAAGCUUUAGCCGAUCUUCGUUGCCGGCAGUUGAUGGCAAGCUCUCAAGGGCCAUGUCCACUCUUAGAGGGCCCGCUCACGGAAUCUUGUCC